UCCAUAAUUAAUUCUCAGAGAAAUUAAAAAAAAAAAAGUAGCAGAUAUGAAUCAUUUGCUUUCAACUCUUUUGUUUUUACUGCUAAUGCUCUCAUCAGGCCCGAAAAUGUAUGAAUGUGCAAGAGUCUUCACCAUAAUCAACUACUGCAAGGAAACGAUCUGGCCGGGAAUCACCCCCGGCGACAACUUCAACGGCGGCGGCUUCGAAUUAAAAUCAGGCCAAUCCAUUGUUUUCCAAGCCCCGGUCGGGUGGAGCGGUCGAAUAUGGGGUCGAACCGGUUGCAAGUUCGACAAGAACGGUGACGGUUCCUGCCAAACCGCCGACUGCGGCAACACCCUUAAAUGCAAAGCGUCGGGAAAAACACCGGCAUCGCUCGCGGAGUUCACGCUUUCCACCGUCGAUUAUUAUGACGUUAGCCUCGUCGACGGGUUCAAUCUCCCGAUAUCGAUCAAACCGAUCAAUGGCCAAGGGAACUGCAGCACUUGCGGUUGCGAUUCGGACCUGCGGGAAAGCUGUCCGAACGAGCUAGCGGUGAAGGGCGGCGGAAAUGGGAAGGCUAUCGGUUGCCGGAGUGCAUGCGACGUGUUCAACACGGAUCAAUAUUGCUGCCGAGGGACGUAUGGGAACCCUGUGACGUGUCAACCUACGUUCUACUCGAAGAAGUUUAAGGAAGCUUGUCCCACUGCUUAUAGUUAUGCGUAUGACGAUCCCACUAGUAUUUUCACCUGUGCCGGAACUGAUUAUGUUGUCUCCUUCUGCUCGGCCAGGAAUCAAACGGUCUGUUCAUACCAUGACCGCAAGCUUAUUUGCAGCAACAAUGCAAAUGGUUUACAUCCAUUGAUGGGAAGUUGGUGGUUUGCAAUGCCUGCACUGCUAUUUAUUGCUAAUCUAUGGAAUUAA